AAAAAUGUUUUUUUGUAGCUUGUAGAUUAAAAUGCUUUAAUUCAGUCAAGGUAAAAACAUGUCAAAACGGUGUGUGAGCCGCGCAUCCACUCUCUCCUCUUAACCGCCAUGCCCCACCGCGGGGAGGGGGCACGCGGGGGGCCGGACCCUGCUGAUUCAGAGGUUAGGAAUUUGCAUCUGAUUGCUGUUUGUCAACCAAUGAUGUGACUAUGCAGGCCGUGGAGUUUCUCCACGCCUCUCUCGGUCUGCGCGUCUGUCUCGGAGCCACACUCCCAACUACGAAAACACGAUUUCCACGCGCGGAUAUCAUGCUGUCACAUGAAACGGCUGCUUUGCUAACCGACACGCGCGCCGAGCGGCCACAGAUCCCGUCGCCCCGAUCCCCCGGUGUCCUCUCCGAAGGUGGGAUUCGUUGUUGAGAGACGGAGGAAAACAGGAAUGUUUCUUCCGGUCCCGAGAGUAUGAACAUCGAACGGAAGCCGAAGUGGUCUUUGUAGUGAAGUCUGGUCCUCCGACCUCCUCUGCCCAAAGUCUGAUCUUUCAUCACUGGCUGGGAUUUUGCAGAGAAACUACCGAAGAGACAGAGAACUUUAGCUGCUCUUCCAGAAGUCGCCUCAACUAGCGCCUAUUGAGAGGGGAAGGAGGGGAAGGACAGCUGCCCAACACUGUGCCGCUUUCCCCGGAAAUGAAGCUGCAGGCCGUCAUGGAGAACCUGCACAGGCAGCAGAGGGCCAAGCUGCUGAUGGAGCAGCAGCUGCAGCAGCAGCAGGCCGCCUCCCAACAAACUCAGGUGCGCGGCGGGGACGAGCCGAUAGGGAGCCCGGCCCCCGAGGCCGAGCAGGCGCAGAUGGCCGCGCUGGCCGCCAUGCGCGCUGUGGCUGCUGGUCUGAAGCGGGUGUCCGACAGCCCCAUGUCGGAAAACAGCAGCGGCGGGGAGGAGGAGCACGAGGACGACAACGAUGAAGGAGAGGAGCAGUACAAAGAAAUGAUGGGUUCUGAUGAGGAGGAGCAGAUCAAACAGAAGUGGGAUGAAGAAGACUUUGAAGGUGAGAUGGAGGAAGACUUCGAUGAGGACAUGGCAGAGGAAGGCCUUCCGACGGGGCACGACGCUGUGGCCCCGGGGAAGGGAAUCCUGCUGCUGCCCCACCGCCAGCUACACCCCCACGGCCAGCUUCUGAAGGUCCGGCCCAGCAUGGAGCAGGAGCCCCGCUCGGUCCUCAUGCCUCCCCAUGCAACACACAGCCACCUGGGCGGGCAGGACCAUGGAGAAUGGACGUACGAGGAGCAGUUCAGACAGCUGUACGAGCUGGAUGCAGACCCCAAAAGGAAAGAGUUUUUAGACGACCUCUUCAGUUUCAUGCAAAAAAGAGGAACUCCUGUGAAUCGUAUUCCCAUCAUGGCCAAGCAAGUCCUCGACCUAUACAUGCUCUACAAGCUGGUGACGGAGAAGGGCGGCCUGGUGGAGGUCAUCAACAAGAAACUGUGGAGGGAGAUAACCAAGGGACUCAACCUGCCUACCUCAAUCACCAGUGCAGCCUUCACCCUCCGCACACAAUACAUGAAGUACCUGUACCCGUAUGAAUGUGACAAGAGAGGAUUGAGCAACCCCAACGAGCUUCAAGCAGCCAUCGACAGCAACCGGCGGGAGGGAAGACGACAGAGCUUCGGCAGUUCCCUCUUCACAUACUCGCCCAACGGGACGCCCACCAUGCUGUCGUCGCCAAAGGUCCACACGCCCAGCAUGAGCCUUUCGGUGGGGACGAACGGUGCACCACUGACCCCCACCCAGAAGAUUAAGAAAGAGGAGGGAGGCCAGCCGCUACCGGGGGUGGGCAUGGCUCGUCUGCCGACCGGAGCCUUGGCGGGCCACUCGGUAGCUGCGGCGGCGGCAGCCCAGGCGGCCAUGGCAGCUCAAGUGGUGGCUCUGGAGCAACUCAGGGACAAGCUGGAGGCCGGCGAGCCGCCAGAGAAGAAGAUGGCUCUUCCGGCCGAGGACCACCACCGUCUGCUGCAGAGAGCUUUGCAACACAACCUGCUGGCCAUGACCGCACAGAUACCUAUGAACAUCCGCAUCAACAAUCAAGACGGCAGGCAAGACUCGGCUCUGAACCUCACCACAAACGGCACAAGCAGCAUCAGCAUGUCAGUGGAGCUGAAUGGAGUGAUGUACACCGGUGUUCUCUUUGCUCAGGCGGCAGCAGGAUCCGCCUCAUCCGGCGCCUCCGCCGCAUCAUCUCUCUCCAACAAGCCUGUCAGCAGUCGUGUCGCUCCACAGCAGCAGCAACCUCAGCAGCAGCAGCAACAAAUCACACCUACCUCAACCUCCAGCAACCCACUGUCUUAACAAACUCCCAGCCUUUCCACCUUUUUAGUUGUUGUUUUUAUUAUUAUUACCAUGCUAAGAAAAAGCCAAAUAGCAACCUCAUUUUUUAUAUAUAUAUAAAUAUAUAUCAUCUAUGCCAAAAAGAGAAGAACCGUCAUCAACACAAAAAGACAAACUAAAACUCUGCUCACUUGAAGUACACUAUCUCAGGUUUUCUCUCCCAAACUCCUCUCUUUUGUUUUUCAUCGCCAAAAGGAUUCUAAAAGAAAAUCUCACAACCAUGAGCCAGUAUAUGCUAAACUAACACGUAUGCACAACCUGUGAAUUAUUUAUUUCUACAUAAGUGUACAGAUUAUUGGAGAACAAGAGAGAAGGCAACAACUAGGAAGGCUGAAGCAUUGUUUACACACAAGUACAGCUACUGACUGACAAUGAUGUUUUAUCCUCUACGAGAGAUUAUUUUAACCUUCAUUGUCAUUAUUAUUGUUUUUGUUGUGUUUGACCGUUUAAAUCUUUAAUCCUCUCACUGCAGGACAAAAAAAACUAUAUAUUUAGAAUUAUAUUAAAUGAAAGAAGUAUAAAUAUCAUCUAUUUGUAAUCAAAAAAAGAGCUUUAAAGGUAUGUAUUGUGUCUUCAGGGCAUAUGACAACACACAGUUGUGACCUCAAAUCAGAUAACCUUAGUCCCGUGGCAGCCAUUUUGGAUCUGUGUGUAGGAGAAGCCGUCUGGUGCAGAUCUGGCUGCGUAAUGAGAUAAAUGUCAUAUCAAUGCCACGGGGGUCUCCUGUGGAUCUGAAAGAUCUCUUAAGGAUCUUUCAAUGAAUCGCUUUGAAUGCAGUUUCGCAUCAUUGAUCCUGACCGGACUCUUGGUGGUGGGCUUUUACACGUUUGUUGAUUUCCGAGAGACGGCUUGUUUGUCGACACAAGGCCAGUUCCAGACAUAUCUAUGCCAAUCUUGCCGGUAGUUUGUCACGAUGAGUGUUUGGAGCUGCAAGGUCAGCUGUGCGGGUGAUUAAAAUGAGCAGAAACUGCGUCGUUUGGAGUUCUUAUCUAAUAAAAUAACACGAACAUAACA